AAACGCGUUUAUACAAUAAAAAAUUUUUAAAUAGCUAAUAAAAUAUUUUUAUUAUUAAAAUUUUCUGUAAUUAUAUAAUAAAAUGGCCCACAGAUUUAAUGAAAAUAUUUAUCCAAAGAUCCAAGAACAUAUAAAUCUGGAUAUCAAAGCUGAGAAAACUUCAAGAAUACGCAGAACCUUAGAAGAAAGUCAUUUAACAAAUAUCCCUGAAAAACCAUACCUUAAACCCAUUUCAAAUAAUAAUUUAAAACCACCCAAGGUUAACAAAUCAACUAAUGCAAAUUUUCCUACUCCCAUGAAUGUCAUUAGUAAAUACAAAAUUAUCACAUUACCAAAAUCUGUACCAGACCUUACUGAUGAUUUUGCCCAUGAUAUGGAUGACUAUGAAGAUGAAGAGACAAAAAUGAGAAGGCUGGAAAUAGAAGAGGAACCAUUAUUAAGAGAAAAUCCUAGAAGAUUUGUUAUUUUUCCUAUUCAAUAUAAAGAUAUAUGGAAUUUUUAUAAAAAAGCUGAGGCUUCAUUUUGGACUGUAGAGGAGGUUGAUCUUGGUAAAGAUUUAAAUGAUUGGGAAAAACUAAAGCCUACAGAAAAACAUUUUAUAUCACAUGUUUUGGCCUUUUUUGCUGCAAGUGAUGGAAUAGUCAAUGAAAAUCUAGUUGAGAGAUUUGCUCAAGAAAUACAAAUUCCAGAAGCUAGAUGUUUUUAUGGCUUCCAAAUUGCAAUUGAAAAUAUACAUUCUGAAAUGUAUAGUCUUUUAAUAGAUACUUAUAUAACAUGUGUCAAACAAAAAGAUUUCUUAUUCAAUGCAAUUGAAACAUUACCCUGUGUUAGGAAAAAGGCAAAUUGGGCUUUUAAAUGGACUUGUGAUAGGAAAGCAUCAUUUGCUAAAAGAAUUGUAGCAUUUGCUGCUGUAGAAGGAAUUUUCUUUUCAGGUUCAUUUGCUGCUAUCUUUUGGCUUAAAAAAAGAGGUCUGAUGCCUGGUCUAACCUUUAGUAAUGAACUUAUUAGCCGAGAUGAGGGGUUGCAUUGUGACUUUGCCUGCUUACUCUUUCACCAUUUAAAAAGAAAAAUAAGUCAAGAGAUAAUUUCUGAUAUUAUCCGUGAAGCUGUAUUAAUCGAAGAAGAGUUUUUAACUGAUGCCCUGCCUUGCUCUCUUAUUGGAAUGAAUUGUGAAUUGAUGAAGCAAUACAUCCAAUUUGUUGCUGAUAGGUUGCUAAUUGAAUUGAAAUGUCCCAAAGUAUACAAUGUGGAAAAUCCUUUUGAUUUUAUGGAGCACAUAUCCCUUGAAGGCAAAACCAAUUUCUUUGAGAAAAAAGUUGGCGAAUACCAAAAACUAGGGGUUUUGCUUGAAAAUGAUAAUAAAAAAAUGAGACAUUGUGAUGAUGAACACUUAUUUAAUUUAAAUGCUGAUUUUUAAAUUAUAAGAAUUUACAAUUCUCUACUUCAAUGCCAAAAGGUUGUUGAUAGCAUUAUUUUAUUUAAAAAAAAUGUUUAUCAUGUUUUGUGCUUUUUAAAUGUUUACAUUAAUAUAAAUAGG